UAAACAUAUUAAUGUCGUUCAACAACGUGGUUGCAGAUCCCAAAAACAUUGUGCUCAUCGAUCACACAUUAAAGUACAAGAAACCUAUGAUAACACUAUCGUUUGAGCCGUGCAUGGUGACAUCCCUAAACGUAUCAAACAAUAGGAACGUUUUAAACGUAAAGCUAAAAAAUAGGAAAAUAUCGUUCAAAGACAAAGUGUACAUUUAUGAGAUCAUGGAUGAGCUGAAGAUAAAGAUUGGCGAUAUUGAUAAGGAAGUUGCAAGGGAGCAGAAAAUUGCUGAGCAUCCCACAGAAUUGUUCGUAACUAAGAAUACAAAGACGUACAAGUACGCAGGCAAAGAUGCACCAGAGGACGAGGAUACCAGCGAAAAAAAUGAUAUGGCUGACGAGGACCACUUUGAUACCUAUGGGGUUUUUAAUGUGGCAAAUAACGUUUCCAGAGAUAUCUUUGUACAGAACAGUGGAUUGCCUGUAAAAUUGCUCAAUAACAUUGUGCUCUGGGGAAUAAAAUUGUCGAAAAACGAAAUUGAUGAUUACUACCGCUCCAUAAGUGUUAAAUGUUCCAAAGUGAUCAAAAAGUACUUGGAUUAUCACAAAAUGAACUAUAGUGUCGCAUAUGAAGAUGAGAUACUCACGAAUAUAAGAAAAUUGCUGAAAAAUGGUGAAAUAGGCGAGAUAGAAAGGAUUUUAAGGAACAUUCUUGAAAAUAACUCUCAGAUGAUCAACAAUGGUCCCUACGAAGUGAAAAUAGAUACUAACAACGCCGCAGAUGAGGUUAUGAGUGGGCAGUGCUUUUACAUCGAGGAUGAGAGUUGCCAGAAAAUCAUCUCAUACGAUAGCUCAUUCAAAGAUUUGGGUAUAAAAGCGAGUAAACACCAAGAACACGUGAGCAAUGACGUAAAUUUAGCAGCUAUCACGAAUUACUAUCCAAUGGUUGGUAAGAUUUUUUUUUUCACGCUAAGAAACAUUUUAUACAUCGUGAGAGAAAGUAAAAUAAUCAAGAAAUUGGAAAUAAACGAGCUGAAAUGGAUAAACAACCAUAAAAUAGCUUUUUACGAUAAUAAAAUAUUGCUGAUCGGUGGCUCGCGGAGUAUGAGUGGAGUCGAUGAAUAUAACACAAUAAUUGAAAUCAGAUUGAACGAUUGGCAGCCUGAGCUAUUAGAAGAUACGGAUGACGAUAAAAAUGAUAUUUACAACUUUGCGGAUAUUGCUGAAUGCACAGAAGACUAUGAAAUCAGCGUUAACUCGGAUUUCUAUCCCAGAACAAAAUUUAAUUCUCAUCUCUACGGCGAUAUACUGAUCGUGAUAGGCGGUAAGUACGGCAAAAGCCGUCUGAAUUUUAUCGAAUACUAUCAUCUAAAAUACAAAAAAGUUGUAAACCAGGUACCAUUUCCCCUAAAAAGCAAUGAUCUGAGAAUCAACAGUGUACUUAAACAAAAAACGAUUCUCAUAGUUUUUAGCUUUGAUACAAGAAACUUACUGUACGCAUUCGAAAUAGAAACUUUUAAAUGGGAAUAUAUCGCAAAUUUGGGGAUAGAUCUCCGAGCUAGCUUGGUAUUGGGAACUGAAGAGAGUGAGUGUGGUGUGGGUAUCGUGAGAAAAACACGGAUGAAUGGUGAAAAAGAGCUGUAUAAGAAGUGUCAGGUGAUAAGUUUGGGCAUAGCGAAUAUGGAAAAGUCUCCAAAACCAAACUAUCCGAGUGUUUAUAGCCAAACCAACAUAGAUGAAGACGUUUAUACUUUUUUCAUUUUGAAAGCAUCCAAGCGCUAUACGGUGACAGUAAAAAGGAGAAAUAAGCUUGAUUUACUCGAUGAAUUGGUAAUAAAACUGCGCAGCUAUUUCUUCCUGCAAAAAUAUGAUUUGGAGUAUGCGCAACGUAAGAUUUUUCCAUUGGUGAGGAGAAAUGAGAAGUUCUAUAGGACGUUGAUGAUAAAGUGUUAUUCGGAGGAAAAGGUGUCUUUUAAUGAUAUUUUUGAGGAGAUAAGUAAUUUUUUCGUGGAAGACAUGCGAAUGCCAAGGGAGAAUGUAGAAGAUUUGUUCAAAUAAAUGAACCUCUAAAAAUUCUUGGGUUGUUUUACUGUUGAUCAGAGUCGGAAUUCUAGGCUUUUUAAAUUUGUUCUGAAAGAAUACCGCUGUUACUCCUGUUUGGUAUUUCAAAUUGAUGGUACAGGAUAAGGGAUUUUCCUUCUGCAACGAGAAAUAAAGAAUAAGAUAAAUGUGGCUUGAGUAGGUCUUUUGUAUCAGUACUAUACUUGUAACCGCAUUGCGAAAGAAAUUUCAUUUAUACUUGUUGUCUAUCGUCAUGAUGUAUUUGCAACUUUUGAAGCUUUUUAUAGGUUUUUAGAACCAUGGCAGUAAAAUAAAUGUGGCACAUCGUAUCAAACUUGAUAUUUCCUCGUUUGAAACCAAUUUUAUAUCCUGA